GCAGUUGUCAGCGAAGUUCGACGGCGACGACAAUGGCCGACGCUCCGGGCUCGCUGGCUUUGCGCCACGUUGUGGUCAUGCAUCGCCACGGCGACCGGUCGCCCAUCGCUUCGCAUGUGUCGCCCAAGCUCUCCAUCGACGAGACCGAGCGCGCGUACUGGGCGUCGCAGCUCUUGACGCCCGAUGACAUUGCCAUCUUGGACGCGGCCGCGACCGUGCACACGGAAGAUGAGCCCAAGCACGGGGGCGUUUGGCCGCUCGGACAGCUCACGCGCCGCGGAAUGGACCGCAUGGUGCGUCGUGGCCAGGCACUCCGCGAGCGCUACGACCACUUUCUCGACGACGCCACGCCCACCGACGUGUACAUCGUCUCGACCAACAUCACGCGCACGAUCCGGUCUGCGCAAUCUGUUGUGCGCGGUCUCUUCCCGGACGCACCGCGCUUCCAAGUACACACGAUGGCGCCGCAGUUUCUGACGCCGAUUCACACAGGCCUCGAGUACAAGGCCUUUGGUCUCCACGCCAACGCAGUCGCGCACGCCACACGACCUGGUUACGAAGCGCUGGAAGCCGAGAUGAAGGCGCUGCUUGCGAUCCCCGACGACCAAGCGCUGCAUUGGACCGUCGUCCGCGACAUGCUUGUGUGCCGAAAGGCCCAUGGGCUGCCCGUGCCCGACGGCCUGCACGAUGCGCUGUACGAGGCGGCGUGCGACCACAACGCGUGGGAGUGGCACCUUCUCUACAGCGACCCGAUGCAAGCACAGCGCGGGUUUGUACGCGGCCUCGCCGAGAUCCAAGCGCACCUCGAAAGCAUCGUCGAGAAGGACAUUGACCACCGCUUGACCAUCAUCUCCGCCCACGACAACACGCUCGUCGCCCUCGUGUGUGCGCUGGGGCUGCAGAUCGGCAACGUGAUUCCCAACUACGGCGCGGUCCUCGCCAUGGAGAUCUACGAAGACUCGACGACGAACGAGCAUUUCGUGCUCGUGCGCUUUGAAGACGCUGCGGUCUCGUUCUUGGGCGAGGCGACGCCGAUGGUGCCCUUCACGGCCAUGAAGCGCCGCUUUGACAACUUUGCGGCGACGCACGCAGCGUCAUCGGCGCUCUAAGCUGUGGCAUAAGGAAAUAAGAAGAAACCUUGCGCUUGCAUCAAACUUUCGAAUCUGG